CUCCAACUUGUCACACCUGCUGUUGUGAGAAAAUGUACACGUGCUGUGUGGCUUAUCAACAGGAAGUGAGAGUGGUCGAAAACAGAACCCUGGCGAACCUACAGUACCACAGGUGUCUUCGUCUUUAAGUUAGAGUUUUCCCUCAGACCCGAACAACGAGGAUAUAUUGAACAUGUUUGGUGUAUGUGUUCUCGCUAGCUUCAUGCUCAUCAGUCAAACUGCAGGCGAUGGGGUCAGCACCUUGAGCUCACUGUUUGACCAAUAUUACCAGUGGCGACUGAAGGACUCCCCGGAGUUGGCCACCUACCUCAACGUACACGACUACGACGAUAAAACGGACAGUGUUGGCCUCGCGGAGUUCGACUUCACAAAGGCGAAGGUUGACGAGUUUCUAAAGAGUCUUAGUAAGAUCGACUACAACUCUCUGCCCAGACAACAACGGCACAACUACGCCGUCCUGAACGACACACUCACCACCGUGUCGCAGGGAUACCAGUGGAGACUAUACGGUGCGAUUAACCCCAUCAACUUUCUCGAGGGCGAUCAAGUAGAUCCUGAAUCUCUCCUGAAGAUCACAAGAUUUGAGACCAAAGUGGACUUUUUGAACUUUAUAAGCAGAAUUAGACUCUAUCCGCGACAGAUGAGAGAUAAGAUUACCUUGAUGACCGAAUCUGUACGACUUGGGAGAACAAACAACGCCUUUUCUAUGACUAAGGUUCCUGGUCAGAUCGACGACCUUCUCAAGGAUGAUCCUACGGACUUUGUCUACUACAAACCCUUCUUAUCUGAUCUGGACAACCUGAGUAUCCCUGAAUCAGAAAGGUUGGAAAUGCGACAGAAAGCCAAGAAUGCGUCCCAAAACAUCAUGGAUGCCUUUAAAGCGCUAAAACAAUUUAUAAUCAAUGAGUACAUCCCUCACGCCCGUCCAACCUUUGGUGUGGGGGGACUCAACCAGGGAGGCAACUACUACACCAACUGUCUCAGAUGGCAUCUGACAGUUGACACUUCACCAGGACAAGUGCACCAACUUGGUUUAACGGAAGUCGCCAGGAUUAGUAAGAAAAUGAAAGACAUAAUGCUGAAGCAGAACUUCAACGGAACAAUAUCUGAAUAUUUCGCCAUGUUGAGGAAAGAUCCGAGGUUUCACUUUAAAACUGCAGAUGAGAUCAUUGCCAAGUACAAGGAUAUCCUCUACAACAGACUGUACCCCGCUCUCCCCAAGGUCUUCAAGAACAUUCCUCCGUAUAAAGUCAAAGUAACUGCGAUGGGAAAUGACGGCGCGCCGGCCCAGUACAUGCCCGGGUCCUCUGACGGGUCCAGGCAGGCCGAGUUCCAGGCCAAUCUCUUCAGGCCCAACGAAACGGACAGUUUCAUCAUGGUGGGGGAUGCUCUACACGAAGGGGUCCCUGGACACCACCUGCAGUUCAUAUACCAACAGACGUCCAAUCUUCCGCACUUCCGGAAAGAGGACUUGACCGGCGCCUUCUACUCCAUACCCUUCUCCUACCCGGGGUAUUCAUCGUAUGUAGAGGGAUGGGCCCUCUAUGCCGAAUCUCUGGGGGAAGAGUUGGGACUGUAUAAAGACGACUACGAACUUAUGGGUCGGUACAGUAACGAAAUCUUCAGAGCCUGCCGACUAGUUGUGGACACCGGACUCCACUUCAUGGGAUGGUCACGCUCGAGAGCUCUCAGCUUCAUGCAGGAAUACAACGCCCUGAGUGGAGGGAAUAUGGAAAACGAGAUUGACCGCUAUAUCACGUGGCCAGGUCAGGCCUGCGCAUACAAAAUAGGAGAGCUGAAGAUUCGGGCUUUGAGAGAGAAAGCCGAGUCUGCUCUAGGUUCUAAGUUCGACAUCCGGGAGUUCCACGACGUUGUCUUGAGAGACGGGGCUGUACCACUGACGCUGUUGGAAAUCAUGAUUAACGACUGGAUCGCGGAUGUUCUUGGAUCAGGAACUAACCAGACGUCAACGGCUGUGUCUGGGCAUGCGUCAUCUUCCGCUCCACCUGGCGGCAAAACGUUUACGUCUGGUGUUCACGCAAAGUCUGAUUUGCCUGUGUCAACAAUGGCACCGAUUCACACCUCUACCAGAAAAAGUGUUUACACUUUCACUGGACAGCUGCCUAUCCUUCCGAACAUUGGCUGAGCUAUACAUAUAUAUCCCUUACCCUGUUUAACUGAACGUCUUUGAAUUGAUGAGGAAUGAAUGAAAUUAAAGGGCUAUCACGUG